AUCCAGUCCUCUGACUCUGGACAGUAUUACUGUACAGCUCAGAAUGAGCUUGGGAUGAGGACAUCUGAAUCUGUAUUUAUUAAUGUGAAUUAUGGUCCAAAGCUUCCCGCUGUGUCAGUGAGUCCCUCUGCUGAGAUAGUGGAGGGCAGUUCAGUGAAUCUGACCUGUAGCAGUGAUGCUAACCCAGCAGCUAACUACACCUGGUACAAGGAGAAUGAAGACUCACCAAAAGCAUCAGGACAGAUCUUCACCAUCACUGACUUCAGAGCUGAACACAGUGGGAAUUAUUACUGUGAAGCCCAGAACAGAAGAGGACGUCAGAACUCCACCUUACAUCUGACUGUUGUAGCAGAUAAAUCAACAAUAACACUGAUAACAAACAGCAUCAGGUUGACUCUGGUGGGGGUUGGGAGGCUGAUUCCUCUGCUUCUUUUUUGUCGGUGGAUGAGGAAGAAGAAAGCUCUGAGCUCCACCACUGAACCAAAUGAACCCAUAGAGACUGUGGAGACUCUUGUCCUGAGUAUGAGGACAUCUCAGAGACUGCAGCAUAGACAGAAGACACAGAGGAGCAGGAAGACCUGGUGUGAAGUCAAACCAGAGGGAGACUCACAUGGAGGAAAAUAAAAAGAAGUCUUUAACUCCAAACGUUUUCAUUCUCAGUUAUUUAGAAGCAGCAGGUAGCAGAAGAUUAGAGAAGAAUGCA